AUGACCCACAAUUUUUCGCACAAUGAAAUAAAAAACAUCAAGGGUCGAUAUGAGAUCCUACCGACAAGCCAAACAAAGCGUAGUCAUAAAAACAAACAAACUCUAUACAGGAAAAACGUACUCCCAACUACCAACGUAACUCAAAGGGGCUACGUACACGCGGCAAAUAAUUUAGGAGACGCACCAACGAAUGGCAUACUAUAUACGGAACGAUCUACUGAAUUUCGAGGCCUUUAUUUGGCGGAACGAUCUACUAAUUUUCGAGACCUUUAUCCGGCGGAACAAUCUACUAAUUUUCGAAGCCUUUAUCCGGCGGAACGAUCUGCUGAACGAUUACCCAAAGGACCAAAUAUUUUUAAUGAUGGCAAUAACAGUAAUAUGUGUACUUGCAAGGCACCCGAAAUUGACAUUCGACGCAAUGAGACUCUUGUUGCUGAAAAUCAACAGAGUGAUGAUGCUAUAGACAAUCCAAUCAUCGUAGAUCUGAAUCAUCAGUUCAGCAUUGAACCCGGUAUAUCAAAUCUGAAUACCCCUGUCACGUCAUCUGCAGUUCUCAAACGGAAGCAAGAUGUUGUUAACUGGAACGUCGACGCGGGAGGGGAAUUGUUGAUUGUGUUGGAUUGCAUUCUAUCUAUUGACUGCUAUUUGAAGAGACUAAUUUGGAUGGCAUGUGUAUCAAUCAACCCGUACAGACUCCCAAGAUGGGAAGAGUCCAAUGAUAAGCAAUUAGUUGCUUUAGGAAUUAUACUUUGUGCUGAGAAUCCUCCAGGAGAUUACAUACAGGAAAUGAAUAAGGUGUUGUAUUAUAACCUGUUUAUGGAAUCAGCCUUUCUACGGAUGGAGAAUGUUGGAACGGAAAACUAUUUCAUACGUCAUCGACAUCUUCCUUCGGGCCCACCGGGCUCGUAUAGCGGCCGUGGAUCAAAGUACCCCAAACGUGGUCAAUCAGGGAAAAUCAAUUUACCGCGAAAGUUUAAAUCACACCAGCCCUUCACUGCCGAGUAUCGCGUACAGCGUGGAAAUUAA